AUGAAGAUUUCACCAGAGACAGUGAAUAAGUUACAACUGGAUGCAUCAUGUAUAAGAAAUAUAUGUAUUUUAGCACAUGUUGACCAUGGUAAAACCUCAUUGAGUGACUCGUUGCUAGCCACUAACGGGAUCAUAUCUCAACGUAUGGCAGGAAAAGUCAGAUAUCUUGAUUCAAGAGAAGAUGAACAAUUAAGAGGUAUAACCAUGGAGUCCUCGGCAAUUUCGUUAUAUUUUAAAGUCAUGCGAUUGCAACAAGGGUCACAAGAGCCAGACGUUCGUGAGCAUUUAAUUAAUUUGAUUGAUUCACCAGGACAUAUUGACUUUUCUUCUGAAGUAAGUACUUCUUCGAGAUUGUGUGAUGGGGCUGUUGUUUUGGUCGAUGCUGUGGAAGGUGUAUGCUCACAAACAGUCAACGUUCUACGCCAGUGUUGGAUUGAUAAGUUGAAGCCGUUGCUAGUUAUAAACAAAAUUGAUAGGCUAAUCACAGAGUGGAAAUUGUCUCCGCUGGAAGCAUACCAGCACAUUUCUCGAACUAUAGAACAAGUGAAUUCGGUGAUUGGAUCUUUUUUUGCUGGUGAUAGGCUAGAGGAUGAUUUAAAUUGGCGUGAGGCAGGUUCUGUGGGGGAGUUUAUUGAGAAAAGUGACGAAGACUUGUAUUUCACACCUGAAAAGAAUAAUGUAAUAUUUGCCUCGGCAAUAGAUGGGUGGGCAUUUUCAGUCAAUACGUUUGCCAAAAUAUACCUGAAGAAGUUGGGUUUUUCUCAACAGGCAUUAUCAAAAACUCUCUGGGGGGACUUUUACUUGGAUAUGAAAAACAAAAAGAUUGUCCCUGGCAGAAAAUUGAAAAACAAUAGUAACAAUUUGAAGCCGUUGUUUGUUUCUUUGAUUUUGGACCAGAUCUGGGCUGUUUAUGAAAAUUGUGUUAUCGAAAGGAAUCAAGAGAAGUUGGAGAAAAUAAUUGAGAAAUUAGGGGCGAAAAUCACACCUCGUGACUUGCGAUCCAAAGAUUACAAAAACUUGCUAAACUUGAUUAUGUCUCAAUGGAUUCCAUUGAGUCAUGCAAUAUUGGGAUCAGUGAUCGAAUAUUUGCCAAGUCCCAUUGUUGCUCAGCGUGAAAGAAUCGACAAGAUAUUGGAUGAAACUAUUUAUAGUGCUGUGGAGUCAGAACUGGACAAAUCGAAACUAGUCGACCCUUCAUUUGUCAAGGCUAUGCAGGAAUGUGAUAGUUCACACCCAGAUAUCCAUACGAUAGCUUAUGUAUCUAAAUUAUUAUCGAUUCCCAAUGAAGACUUACCCAAGGUUAGCAAUUCAUCGAUUGGAGGAUUAACUGCCGAUGAAAUACAAGAAAGAGGAAGAAUUGCACGAGAAUUAGCCAAAAAGGCAUCUGAAGCAGCUGCCUUGGCACAAGAAGCUUCCAAAAAUGAAGAUAAAUUUGUCAUUAAACCCAAGAAGGAUCCAUUUGAAUGGGAAUUUGAGGAAGAGGAUUUUGAGAACGAGGAUGAUGAGAGUGAUGCAAACGGGAUUGAAGAAUCAACUGAAACCAUAGUAGGCUUCACUCGUAUUUAUUCUGGAUCUUUAUCUCGAGGUCAGAAACUAACGGUGAUUGGACCAAAAUACGACCCUUCAUUACCCAGAGAUCAUCAGACCAACUUUGAACAAAUAGCUAACGAUAUUGAAAUCAAAGACUUGUUUUUAAUUAUGGGACGAGAAUUAGUGAGAAUGGAUAAAGUCCCCGCAGGUAAUAUUGUUGGGGUUGUUGGAUUAGAUAAUGCCGUGCUUAAGAAUGCUACUAUUUGUUCGCCAUUACCUGACGACAAACCAUACAUUAAUUUGGCUUCCACGUCGACCUUGAUCCACAAUAAACCAAUUAUGAAAAUAGCAGUUGAACCAACAAAUCCAGUAAAACUAGCAAAAUUGGAAAGAGGGUUAGAUUUAUUGGCCAAAGCUGACCCUGUUUUGGAAUGGUAUGUCGAUGAUGAGUCGGGUGAAUUGAUUGUUUGUGUCGCUGGAGAAUUGCAUCUAGAACGAUGCUUGAAAGAUUUGGAAGAGAGAUUUGCUAAGGGCUGUGAAGUUACUGUUAAAGAGCCAGUCAUCCCCUUUAGAGAGGGGUUGGCCGAUGAUAAAAUCAGCACCAACACCAGCAGCAAUAAUGAAGAACAUGAAUCUGAUGAAAGCGAAGAUGAACUUGCUGAUUUAGAAUUUGAUGUUUCUCCGUUACCCUUAGAAGUCACUCAGUUUUUAAUUGACAAUGAAACGAUUAUUGCUGAAAUUGUCAACAAUAUGCAUGACACUCAUGAAAUUAGAAAAGAUUUUGUUGAAAAGUUUGCUAAUAUAAUUGACAAUUCUAAUUUGACUGCUCACUUCCCAAACACCAAGUCUUUUAUUAACAAUAUAGUUUGCUUUGGACCUAAACGUGUUGGACCUAAUAUUUUCAUUGAGGAUUAUGGGUCAAACCAAUUUAGACAUUUGCUCAGUGAAUCAGCAACUGAAGCUCGAUUUGUUUAUGAGAAUAAUGUGUUCAAUGGGGUCCAAUUGGUUUUCAAUGAGGGCCCAUUAGCAUCUGAACCAAUGCAAGGUAUUAUUGUUAGACUUAAGAAGGCAGAAAAAAGAGAAGUCGGCGAGGAUAAGAUAGUCAGCCCUGGUAGAAUAAUAACACAGACUCGUGACUUGAUUUACAAACGAUUUUUACAAAAAUCACCACGUUUGUUUCUUGCAAUGUAUACUUGCGAGAUCCAAGCUGCCACCGAAGUGUUGGGUAAGGUUUAUGCUGUUGUUCAACGACGUGAAGGUUCAAUUAUAUCAGAAGAAAUGAAAGAAGGUACGCCCUUCUUUACGAUUGUGGCAAGAAUCCCUGUGAUUGAAGCCUUUGGGUUUUCUGAAGAUAUUAGGAAAAGAACAUCAGGGGCAGCUAGUCCUCAAUUAGUUUUUGAUGGGUAUGAUAUGUUGGACAUCGACCCAUUUUGGGUUCCCCAUACUGAAGAAGAAUUAGAAGAGUUGGGUGAAUUUGCAGAAAGAGAAAAUGUUGCCAGGAGAUAUAUGAACAAUAUCAGAAGAAGAAAAGGGUUAUUUGUUGAUGAGAAAGUCGUCAAAAAUGCCGAAAAGCAAAGAACUUUGAAAAAAGAUUAG